CUGUGUGCGGUUUCUUUACUGUUUGUCUGAAUAACGCAGAUUUCCGAGAUGUCUGGUCGCGGUAAAGGAGGGAAGGGUCUGGGGAAAGGAGGAGCUAAGCGGCACAGGAAGGUGCUCCGGGACAACAUCCAGGGCAUCACCAAACCCGCCAUCCGACGUUUGGCCCGCAGAGGGGGUGUCAAGCGCAUCUCCGGACUCAUCUAUGAGGAGACCCGCGGAGUGCUCAAAGUCUUCCUGGAGAAUGUCAUCCGCGAUGCCGUCACCUACACCGAGCACGCCAAGAGGAAGACCGUCACCGCCAUGGAUGUCGUCUAUGCUCUCAAACGCCAGGGGCGCGCCGCACAGCCCGUAUUCUAUCACACUUGUGUUUCAUCAGCCAUGGCAAGAACCAAGCAGACCGCUCGUAAGUCCACCGGAGGGAAAGCUCCCCGCAAGCAGCUGGCUACCAAAGCCGCCCGCAAGAGCGCCCCGGCCACCGGCGGAGUCAAGAAGCCUCACCGCUACAGGCCCGGCACCGUCGCUCUCCGAGAGAUCCGACGCUACCAGAAAUCCACCGAGCUGCUCAUCCGCAAGCUGCCCUUCCAGCGCCUCGUCCGAGAGAUCGCCCAGGACUUCAAGACCGACCUGCGUUUCCAGAGCUCCGCCGUCAUGGCUCUGCAGGAGGCCUCCGAGGCUUAUCUCGUAGGACUCUUCGAGGAUACCAACCUCUGCGCCAUCCACGCCAAGAGGAUGUCUGGUCGCGGUAAAGGAGGGAAGGGUCUGGGGAAAGGAGGAGCUAAGCGGCACAGGAAGGUGCUCCGGGACAACAUCCAGGGCAUCACCAAACCCGCCAUCCGACGUUUGGCCCGCAGAGGGGGUGUCAAGCGCAUCUCCGGACUCAUCUAUGAGGAGACCCGCGGAGUGCUCAAAGUCUUCCUGGAGAAUGUCAUCCGCGAUGCCGUCACCUACACCGAGCACGCCAAGAGGAAGACCGUCACCGCCAUGGAUGUCGUCUAUGCUCUCAAACGCCAGGGGCGCACUCUCUACGGAUUCGGAGGCUAAAUCCUCAUGAACACCUACCCACUUCCCCUACACAAAGGCCCUUCUCAGGGCCACCCA